CUGUGUAGUGCUCAAUCAGGAGGAUAUUGACUCCCAGAUGGAGCGCUACCGCAAAAUUGCACGGAUGCUCAUAGAGCAGCAUGCGAACGUGAACGUGCCCACGCGGGAUGGGUCGCAUGCCAUAUACUGGGCAUGCUGGGGCUUGGAGUUUGAUAUUGUCGAGCUGAUGCUGGAACACGGCGCGCAGAAACCGAAUAUCAAGCAGGAUGAGUUCGUCCGCGCUAGUGGAUAUCGCGCGGCAGAUACUGCGCGCAUGGGCUCCAUUGUGCGCAGGACGAAACGAAUCAUUCCCCGGCCUCCACGGCCGUGCCCAUGCUGGUCAGGGAAACUCCUUUCUGACUGCCAUGCCUCCGGCCCGAAGCCCUACCCUCCAGAAUUUCUCUGCGUGUGCGGGUCAUGGAAGACUUUCCGGAACUGCUGUGCGCGCGGGAACUUUGGGACGUACGAAAGCUGGUUCGAGGACUACAAGCGCAUCGUGUUCUUCAGCAGGCGGAACAGCGACGAGGGGCUGUCGGAAGAGAUGAAGAGGGUCGAAAGAAAUAUGCAGCGCCAGAAGGGAAUGCGCAUGGAUGGGUGCGUCGUGAUGUCGGAGGAGGACCUCGAUAUGCAGGCACGUCAUCUUGCUCUCAUCGGCGAGGCGUUGCUCGAACGGGGAGAUGCCGACCCGGCCUUCGUGUACGGUGUUAAAAUCAUCAACUCGUUCCCUCGACCGUGGGACAAACAGUACAGCAAGCUCGAGUGCGAAUCGCGCGCCGAGCGAUGGAACCACGCCAUCGACCAAUACAUCGACCUCAAAACGGACAGCCGCACCCGCCUGGAAAUCGAGCAGCAGAACAAAGUUGGCACCGACGGCGGGCUGCUCUACAAGCGCUGUGAGGCCGCCGGAUGCACGCACGUCGAAGGGCCGCAGAGCGAGAAGAUGAAGUUCUGCGGCCGCUGUAAGCGGAAAUUCUACUGCAGUACCGAGUGCCAAAGGGGAGACUGGCCGCUGCACAAGACCUCUGCAAGGCGGGCAGCCACCUGUCGCAGAUGCUUUCCAGCCAGCGGGCGUAUGCGAUAGUCGACGACGAGAUAUCCCACCGCGAGCUUGCCGGAAGAGCAUAUAUGCAAAAUCGACCGAGGGCUGGGGAAGAGGAAGCGCGCUGUUGAUUGGAGCGUCCGGAUGGACGCUGCCUUUAACGUUUUCCUGUGUAAUUCUAUCGGAACAGGCUUGGUCGCGGAAGGGCAAAUUAUUUACGCCAUUCAUGCACAAUGUAAACUAUUAUCUCAAUGUCAGAUCUCCUUUGCCUAUCUAAAC